CCGCAAGGAGGUGAGUGGAAGUCUCAAUGUCAAACAAUCUUGUAUCAGCUGUGUCUACCUAGAACUACUCAAAGCGGCAGCAUCCAGGAGAUAAAGUAGACUGCCACGAACGGGAGCGAGGACCAGUUAGUUACUAUUUAAACCGCUUUAUGUGCGCAUCUUAACUCUGUGCUGAAGAGCGUGAGGACAGUGCCUGGUUAUUCUCAGGAAACAUGAACGCUUUCCCAGGCAAAAGUGUUUUGGCACUGUGCAGACGCUCCACGGGCGCCCUACGGUUGUUCGCCAGCCCGCCAGGUCACCCUGUCACGCGCGGUGUUGACAGUACCCUCCUGGGCACGGUGCGGGUCUGCCAUUCUGGACACAGCCGCAACGUCAGCACCAAAAAGCGCGGCUAUGAAGUCACCAGAAACCCACAUCUCAACAAGGGCAUGGCGUUCACCAUGGAGGAGCGUCUGCAGCUGGGCAUCCACGGCCUGCUGCCCCCCUGCUUCCUCUCCCAGGACGUCCAGGUGCUCCGCGUCAUGAGGAGCUACGAGACGCGCAGCAACCCCCUUGACAAGUACAUCUUGCUGAUGACACUACAGGACCGUAAUGAGAAGCUCUUCUACCGGCUGCUGACGUCAGACAUUGAGGAGUUCAUGCCUAUUGUUUACACCCCCACCGUGGGCCUGGCCUGCCAGCAGUAUGGCCUGGCCUUCAGGAGACCCAGGGGGCUCUUCAUCACCAUUCAUGACAAGGGUCAUAUCGCUACAGUGCUAAACUCCUGGCCAGAGGAGAACAUUAAGGCCAUCGUGGUGACAGAUGGCGAGCGUAUCCUGGGCCUGGGAGACCUGGGCAGCUACGGCAUGGGCAUUCCUGUGGGCAAGCUGGCGCUCUACACGGCGUGCGGCGGCGUGCAACCCCACCAGUGCCUCCCAGUGCUGCUGGACGUGGGCACAGACAACCAGGAACUUCUAGACGACCCUCUGUACAUUGGGCUGAAGCACAAGAGGGUACGAGGGAAGGAGUACGAUGACCUCAUCGAUGAGUUCAUGCAGGCUGUCACAGACAAAUACGGCAUGAAUUGCCUUAUUCAGUUUGAGGACUUCGCCAACACUAAUGCCUUCAGAAUGCUCAACAAGUACAGGAACCGAUACUGCACCUUCAACGAUGACAUCCAAGGCACGGCGUCGGUGGCAGUGGCGGGAGUCCUGGCAGCUCUGAAGGUCACCAAGGGCAAAGUGUCAGACCACACCUUCGUCUUCCAGGGAGCUGGAGAGGCUGCUUUGGGCAUCGCCCAUCUUCUCAUCAUGGCCAUGGCCAAGGAGGGGGUGGCUAGGGCCGACGCCGCCAAGAAGAUCUGGAUGGUGGACUCCAGAGGACUCAUCGUCAAGGGCCGUGGCAACCUGAACCAUGAGAAGGAGGAGUUUGCCCACGAGCAUGCCCAUAUCAAGACAUUGGAGGAGGUCGUCCAUACCAUCAAGCCCACCGCCAUCAUUGGCGUGGCGGCCAUUGGAGGUGCCUUCACUGAGAAGAUCAUCAAGGACAUGGCGGCCUUCAACGAGCGGCCCAUCAUCUUCGCCCUCAGCAACCCCACCAGCAAGGCAGAGUGCACCGCUGAGCAGUGCUACACGCUCACAGAGGGCAGGGGCAUCUUUGCGAGUGGCAGCCCCUUUAAGAAGGUGACCCUGGCUGACGGUCGCACCUUCCACCCGGGCCAGGGCAACAACGCCUACGUCUUCCCCGGAGUGGCCCUGGGAGUCAUCGCCUGCGGCGUCAGGCACAUCUCCGACGACAUCUUCCUCACAACUGCUGAGGCCAUCUCGGAGAUGGUGACAGAAGAGCACAUGGCCGAGGGCAGGCUGUACCCUCCUCUCAGCACCAUCCGGGAGGUGUCCUUCAAGAUCGCCGUCAAGAUUGUGGACUAUGCCUACAGGAAUAACAUCGCAUCCUUGUACCCGGAGCCCAAGGACAAGGAGGCCUUCAUUCUGUCCCACGUCUACAACUCUGACUACGACUCCUUCACCCUGGACAACUACAGCUGGCCCGCCGAAGCCCAGAAAGUGCAGGAUGUGUAGAGACUGCAGCUGCAGAAGCUACAGUAUACAACUGCUGCUUCCCCUCCUCUUACUGGCUCUCCCUCCCACCCUCCCUCUCUCCCAGAGUUGCAUAAAGUAGAAGUACUGAUAUAGAUGUCAUUAUGGGGAAACUCCAAACUCCAACUCCCAUUGUCAUCGUGACAAAGCACACAGAUGCACAGUGCACACGAAACAAAAUUGUAUUCAUGCCUCACUCAUGCAAGGGGGCAGCCCCAAAAUGGCGCCCCAGGGGAGUAAUGUGGCGGGCUGUACCAUGCUCAGGGUACGCACUGGUUGCAACACUAGUUGUAGGAUAUUACAAAGUUGAAACAAUGUAGCACCAUAUCACUAGUGUAAUGACAUUUUGUAUGAGUUCUUCUACUUUAUACAACUCUGCUCCUUCCCUCUCUUUAAUUCCUUCCUUCUAACACUCCUCUGUUCUCUCUGUGUCUUUCUUUUUUCUCUCUGUGUCUUUCUUUUUUCUCUUUCUCAUUCUCUGUGCACUCGUCUUUAGUAGGAAGGAUGGCUAGUGAAGGGAGGACCUGAGCAUAAUGAGGAAGGUGAAGGGGUUGGGGGAGUCGGGGAGAGAGGAAGAAGUGAGUCACUGGAAAGUUCUUUUUUUUCUUUUCACUCUGGCUAAGAACUGUACAAUUUUCCGCAAACAGUUUAACACCAAGGAUUAAUGUGCCACAUAUGAAGGAAGCAGGAUGUCUGUUUUUCGUCUCUUUUACGAGACUUUGUCCCGCUGACUUUCUUUUUGCUCUUUUCGUUUUAUCUCAUCUGUCCCCCAGCUAUGUCACUCUACGAGACUAGUGUAUCUACAACAUGCAUCUUUUUGAGCUGUAGCUUAUCCCGUCAGACUAGCCAGCCCAUAAUCCAACGCUUUACUGCAGUCAGUAUAACAUUUUUGUAUGACAUUUUUGUACUAGAUCCACCACCCCUCUUGUCAAGUGCUCUUGUGUGCCCCUUGUGGCCUGUACCAAAAUGACAUGAACUGUAUCAUCACUUGACAUGACAUCCUCCGAUGCUCAUACUCGUGCUCAGACACAUGCACACACACAUUCGCAUACACACACUCGUGUACACACAUUUUGAUAGGCUGAACCUGGCAGUUUAGGGGUAAAAAGCAAUCCUGGUCAUAUCUUUUUGCCAUCAUUAUAGAAUUUUGAAAGUCAGCUGUGGUGGUUUUGUAUUGCUUGGUACUUGUACACCCACGAUGGCUCCUCACUCCGGUUUUGUAAGCAGAGAUAUUGUACAUGUGCUUUAUUUUAAAAUGGUAAAUGACGCCUGAAACCGCAUUUCCUAGAUUAUCAUCAAUAUUGUUUUAGUACCAUUGCCAUUAUAUAACGGACAGCACUCCCAAGUGUACAUGGACUAAGUUGCGCAGAGAUUUUUGAAUGGGUAGCUAAGUUAUGAGUCUCAGCACAUCACUGACAGGACAUUAGUUACUGUUCAAAUGUCAGAAAAGACUACUGGUAGAAUUCAUGGUUAACCAAAUUUAUAUUUUGUUGUGAUCUUGUGUAAAUCUUCUCCCGUGCUUUGAGUGUGUUUUAGUACAAUAGGGAAUUUGUUCUUAUUUUGGCCAAAGUUACUGAGAAAGUCAAAAACAAAAAUGGGCAUAAGAAUAGUGGGACGACCACACAGUUGUGUGUGUGUCUGUGUGUGUCUGUGUGUGUCUGUGUGUGUGUCUGUCUUUCAUUUGAGCACAGGGUUAAAACGUCAUCCGUUUUUAUUUAAAGAUAGAAGCCCAAUGAAAAAAGCCCAAGAUUGUCUAGGAUGACUAUGAUGAACUUGCUUGACUAUUAAUGCACUAAGAAGGAUUGUACUUUGGGGAAUGUUUUUGUUGUUGUCGUCAUUUCAUUUUCAAGACGCUAAAAAAACUUUGAAGGGAAUAUAUUCAACAUAAGAAAUAAACAUGCUUUUGCAAA